AUGGCCGAGCCCAGCUCAUCCGGACCGCCCGGCCACAAAAACAUCCUCGACGCCACGCAACGGUUGACGAUCGAUGAUCUGGCCGGAACUCCGGGAUCGGCCUCUGAACUUUCGGCCGGCGAGCACUCGCCGGGCGGGGAAAGCCAGGCCCAGAACUUUUUGACGCACUCGACGACCAAGGUCUACUACCAAAAGGACGACGAGACGAUACCGUUCAUGACUGAGGUGCACGUCCCGCCCGAACUGAUCACUCUCCAGGACGUGAAGCGCGUGCUGCCGCACAACAAUUUCAAGUUCUACGCGAUGACGCACGACGCAGAUCUGGGAUCUGACGUGAAGCUCGAGCUCCGGGACGACCUCCAAAUUCUGCCGAAAUCGUCGAACGGUCGAUUUCUGCUGUUUCUGCAGACGACGGAAGGCGGGUCAAGUCACGGUGGUUCCGACCAGGGCAGUCUCAUCGGAUCAAAUCGAGGGCAUCAACAGCACCGAAUUGUUCCCGGCCCCGCCCCGACGUACCAUGGACAUCAGAAAUAUCACCAUUAUGAUUCGAGCAUGUACUCGACGGAAUCGGAAUCGACCUUCUCCGGUAUCCCACCCGCCUAUGGGAAAGCGCCGAUGGGCCAGCGCUACCAUAACCCACAGUACUACCCGUCGCAAGCUGCCGAAAAAUACCAAAUUACCUCCGAAAUGACGACGGCCCCGCCGCGACGCGGUCGCCCGACGAGCGAUCACCAGCAGCCCACCUCAUCCUCCUUCCUCAAAGACCUCCUCCUCACCGAGGCCCGGCGCCAGAAAAACGACACGGGGCGAUCCCGCGUCUCCCAAAUUGUCCACCGGAUGGAGAAGGCGUUCAGUCCCGAACCCCCUGAGCGAGUGCCACCACUAGCCGAGCCCGAGUCGAUGAGCAUCGACGAGCCGGACGACGCCCUCAACCUGGGCAGAAAACCCGAGAAUUCCCCCAAAAAACCCGCCAAAAAACGGGCAAUUACCUCCACGAAAUAUCUGCACUCAAUCUUCCAGAGGCCAGAAAAAUCGGGGGAGUCUUGUGAAGCCGAAACGAAGCCGGCUUCGAAAAUCAUCGGGCUCACCGGGCCCCUCGCCAAGCCCGUGCUCAUUUUUAGGCGGAAAUCCGAAAAAUCGGAAAUCUUUGACGAGGAUGGCUGGGGGGUUGGAAAGUCGGAAAAGUCGAAUUUUUUGAGCUUCGAAAACUGGGGGCUCGGGCCCAGGAGGAAAUCGGACAAGUCUGUCAAUAGCAACACCUCGGAAUCGGGCUCCGACCGGAGGUGGUGGCAUCGGGGGAAGAAGGACAAGAGUCUGUUGAGCAUCCCCAGCACCGUUGAUCUGCUCCCGAGCCGAGCCGGAUCUAUGAAACGCAGUGAACCCAUCGACUUCGAGGCGCUCAAGCUGAAGAAGCGCCAGUCGGAGAGCAGCGUCAUUAGCAGUCGGCAGUUGUCGUGGACGGACAGCCCGCGGCUGCGAAGAGGGCGAUCCCACCAACAGGUCACCCCCAUCGACGCCCCGCCCCCCAACGCCAAGGAGGUCAAGCUGGGCCGGCGGCUGCUCGAUCAGUUGAAGCCGAAGAAAUCGAUUACGCCAGGGAACUCGGGGACGGCUUCUACUGUUACUUCUGGGUAUUCCGAUCCGACUGUGCCCACCGUAACCGUUUCCGGUUGGCGCCAGAAGAAUUCAGGGGAUUCUGGAGCUACCGUAUCCGCUUCCGCCCAGGACCCCGGAAAUUCUAGAAAUUCUGGAACCACAGGAGCGAUUUCCGGUCGAGACAGAGCCGAUUUUGCAUUUUUUGGCACUCCCGUACCUACCGUAACCCAUUCCGGCCGGGACCCGGUGAAUUCGAAAAAUUCUGGAGCUACCGUACCCUCGAAAUCCUCCGAUUCCAGCCACGAAAAAGCCAAGGAAAAGCCCAAGAAACCCGGAAAAAAGCCGAAGAAGUUGGAAAACAUCAACACGAAGCUGACGCUGAACGUCGACUCCGAGGCGUCAGUCUCGCCAAACUACGCGAAAAUCGACCUGGCGACGACGCCCGGGUUUUUGGAGAAGUCCGGCGCGGUCGCCGAUUUUGGCGACAACUUCGAGCAGUUCAGGCGGGAGCGCUCGUCGACGCAAGCGCAGGCCUGUCUCUCGCCGUCAAAGUCGACCCGGAAAUUGUUGGGGUUGCCGGAGAAGGAGGGUGAAAAAACCCAAAAAACGCUUAUCGAGGGGCUGCGACAAACUACAAAAUUGGCCUCCGCGCUCCCGAGUGCCCAGGCUACGGUGGCUGAGGCGAAAAUUAGGCGGCGAGGAGCUGGAGGCCGAAAACAUGAGCCCGAGUUGGCGCUCAGGCCGUUGAGUCCGUUGAAUGGGAAUUCUCCUACGCCGUCGAUCGUCAUCAGAAGGGCCACCCCGGAAGCUGUACGCCAUCGGAAUCCGGACAGUUUUUUGCGGAAAUUCGGGAUUCAGGUGGAUGGUCCUGGGGCCGAUACGGUGGCUUCGGAUUUGGGAAAGUCUACCCUAAGCAUUCCCAGCAUCGUCGAGCCGGGCGAGGAAGAAGAAGAGGAAGAGGGUACCGUAGUUUCUGGGGAAUCGAGCGGAGCGUACCGGAACCGUCACCCAGCGUCAUUUGGACUCCAGCGUAGCCCUGGUGAGCGGGCUACGGUAGUUGACGGUCAAACGGCUACAGUAUCACAGCGGAAUCCUGCCGAUUCCACCGUACCCCAAGCGUCUUUUGUACCCCAACGUAGCCCUGGAGAACGGAAUACGGUAUCGGGGCAAAAAGGCACUGGACAUACCGUAACCCCAGAAAAUCCGGCAUCAGGAUUCCUGCGGAAAACCCACGACACCGCCGAGGAGGCGUCAAUUUCUCGAGAAUUCCAAUCGCUUCGAAAACUCGCCCGAAACCGGGCCACCGUACCCCGGGUGGGUGAACCUACCGUAUCCCCGGAUUCCCAGGAAACAGAUGACCUACAGUACCUCCAUCAAAUUCUAAGAAAAUCAAACUCCGAGCGACGCCGCCGUGUGCAGGGCCCGAGACCGCUAAGCCGGACGAUGACCCAGGUCGAGGCGAACCUCCUGCCACCGCUCUACGAAGAGGACCAACAAGUUGAAGGAGGGCAGGAGCGGGCGAAGAGGGGCAAGAGAUAUAUGGGAUCGCACACGACACAUUGUGGAAAGACUGAGGCACCGGAUGCUAGCCCGCGGAGGCAUUUGAUCGGGUUUCUGCACCGCACUUCCCAUCUCAGCCUCACCAGCGAGCUGAGCGCCGACGCCAGCUUUUAUUUGAUCGGACAUCGCGGCGGCCGAAAAUUCGACCCCGAAUCGACGAUCGGCAGCGAGAGCGACGCGAGGGUCUUUUCGGAUGAUGACGAUCGGGGCUCGACCACGACGGAUUUCACCUCAGUAUCCCGGCAAGCCGAAAAUAUGCGACGGCGGCGGAAACAACGCGUCAACUACCGUAGGCCAAGCAGGGCCUCUUCCUUCUCGUCGAUUACGGAAUCGUCAAUGUCGUUGGAUGUGGUGACGGUGACGCUGAAUAUGGAUACCGUCAACUUCCUCGGAAUCUCCAUCGUUGGACAAAGCUCGACGAGAGGAGAUAAUGGGAUAUAUGUGGCCAAUAUUAUGAAAGGUGGUGCCGUGGCGAUAGAUGGACGUAUCGAAGCCGGUGACAUGAUUCUCCAGGUCAACGACGUCGCCUUCGACAAUUUUACAAAUGAUCAGGCGGUAGAUGUGCUCAGAGAUGCCGUUGCACGAAAGGGCCCCAUCCGGUUGACCGUGGCCAAGUCGUUCGACGGCGGCCAGAAGAGCUGCUUCACGGUCCCCAGACACCAAUUAAUGGAUGAACCGGUGCGGCCGAUCGAUACGCAGGCGUGGAUUCGGCAUACGAAUGCAAUGUGCGGAAUGCCGUCAAUCGUUGAGGGUUCCGAAGGCGCCCCAACUCCCAUACCGGGCGACUACCCCGGCGGUAUCCGCCCUGGCAGCUCAUCUACCGUAACCAGCGGCUCCCAACCCGGCCAGGGUACUGUGGUGCACGCGCUGCGACUGGAUACAAAUACCGACAAGAAACGGGUCGUCGAGGCGAUGGUGAUGCGGGGCAGCGGAUUGGACAUCAAGGACCGGACGUGGCUGAAAAUCCCGGUGCCCAACGCCUUUUUGGGCAAAGAGCUGCUUGAUUGGCUGUUGGAGCAUGUCGAGGGAUUGCGAGAGCGGAGAGACGCCCGGAGAUACGCGAUGGAACUGCUCAACGAGAAGCUGAUCGCCCACGUCGUCAACAAGUGCACCUUCACGGAACAGUGCUACUAUGUGUCCGGCUAUGCGUCGAUGCCCGUUUCGCCAUUUCCCGUUUUGCCGCGAGGAGCCGGCCCGGAUUUGCAUUCCCAGGCUUCUGGAGGGUCCGGAAGCGGUGGGUCCGGGAGUGAUCAUAGGAGAAACCGUGGCCAGCCCCUCCCUCCCGCCCCUGCCCGCCUCGACGAGCUUCCCCAAGACAUGGCCGCGUCUCGCCAAAGCUUCCGCCAGGCCAUGAACCAACCCUGCGAAUUCUUUGUUGACAAGAUU